ACAACACAUCUGGAUCGACAAGGGAACGAUGUGGCAUUGCGCAGGGCCUCCUGUGCAAUGCUCCUGACACACGUGGCUUUCUCUGUACUACUAUGGAGCUAUAGAUACACCGCGGCUGCCUUCUGCCUAUUUUGGACUGCGAGCGUGGGACAAGCUGUCAAACUAUUGUCCUCACUAUGGACCAAUCCGUCGCUAUACAGGAAACUUUGCAAGGGGAAGAAAGCUGCCGUAUUGCUGUUCAAUGUGAUGUCCUGUGUGAUGAUGCGACCGAGAGCAGACUGCUGGGUCUGGUGCAAUCAGCAGAGGAAUAUGCAAUCUUCCUGUACAGACAUAGGAGAAUGGCUAUAACCGCUGAAGAUGUUGUACUAGAGAAUAUUAUUCCCAUCUCAACUGACUUUGCAGUUGUGGAAGUGUCUUCCCCUGAGGAACUUGCUGUUGUUGGUGCUGACACAAGAAUAAGAAUAAGCUUUCUAGAAUAUGAAGUGGAGCUCCGACUUCCUUUUGGGUCCCAGUCACGCCUCUUCCUCUGUGAGGUGAACAAGGUCUGGAGUGAUGUGUGCAAGUCCUCUGCCCAGGUGCCUAAGUUUGAGUGGCUUAACAAAUACCAGCAAGCCACCAAAGAGCCAGGAAGCAUCAGACAGGCUUUUGCUCCCAUUGGCUCAAAGAUUACGAGGCUCAGUCAAAGGAGGAAAUCUGGAAAAACAUUGGACCAAAAGGGAACUGUUGAAAAAGACAAGGCUUCCAGCUCCAACGGUGAUCUACAGAAGUCCCAAACAUCUUCAAGCCUAGACAGUCAGGGCAUCUCCAGUCGGGAGGACCGGGAUGACCUGGUUCGCUCCUCCAGCCACACACCAUCUAACAAAGCUCAGAUACUGGCCAUGCCUCAGUUCGGCCUGCGGGACAACCUCAUCCGCUGCGAGCUGUUGAAGAAUGAGGACCUUUACACCUACCUGGAAGACUUCAGCUUUUUCCUUGGCACAUACAAUGUGAAUGGACAAACGCCAAAGGAAAGUCUCAGUCCAUGGCUCAGCUCUACUGUCGACCCACCAGAUAUUUAUUGUGUCGGUUUCCAAGAGUUGGACCUCAGCAAAGAGGCUUUCUUCUUCAGUGACACCCCUAAAGAGCUGGAGUGGACAAAGGCAGUGACUGAGGGGCUGCAUCCAGAGGCCAAGUAUGCUUUAGUGAAGUUGGUGCGAUUGGUGGGCAUUAUGCUUCUCUUCUACAUAAAGAAGGAACACGCAGAGUUUAUCUCGGAUAUUGAGGCUGAAACAGUGGGUACUGGCAUCAUGGGGAGAAUGGGGAACAAGGGUGCAGUGGCAAUCCGCUUUCACUUUCACAACUCGGAUAUUUGCGUGGUCAACUGUCACCUCGCAGCCCACACAGAAGAAUAUGAGCGACGUAAUCAGGAUUUCAAAGAUAUAUGCAGUCGCCUUCAAUUUCGGCAGCUUGACCCCACACAGCCGUCUCUAACAAUCAUGAAGCACGAUGUGAUUUUGUGGAUAGGAGAUCUAAACUACAGAAUAAGUGACCUUGAUGUCGAUAAUGUAAAAGACCUAAUCACCAAGAAGGACUUUGAGACACUGCACAACUAUGAUCAGCUCAAGCGACAAAUCGAUGAGGAGGCUGUAUUUGUUGGCUUUGAGGAGGGAGAGAUCAAUUUUCAACCCACCUACAAAUAUGAUACUGGCUCUGACUUGUGGGAUACCAGUGAAAAGUGUCGUGUGCCAGCAUGGUGUGACCGCAUCUUAUGGAAAGGGAAGAACAUUAAGCAAAAACAUUACAAAAGUCACAUGGCACUAAAGACCAGUGAUCACAAACCAGUCAGCUCCUUGCUAGUAAUUGGGAUAAAACGAGUAAAUGAAGAGGCAUAUAAGAAAACAUUUGAAGAAAUUGUUCGAAACAUAGACAAAAUGGAGAAUGAAUGCAUUCCAUCUGUGACACUAUCAAAGCGUGAGUUCCACUUCAAAAAUGCGAAGUUCAUGCAGCACCAGGCGGAAACACUGAGCCUCUUCAAUGAUGGGCAGGUCCCAUGUCAGUUUGAGUUCAUUCCAAAGCCAAAUGAAACGACGUACUGCAAGCCAUGGCUCACUGCUAAUCCCCCGAAAGGUUUCAUCGCUCAGGGUGGCUCUGUGGAAAUUGACCUUGAGGUUUUUGUAAACCGCACAACAGCUCCUGAACUAAACUCUGGCAAGCAGCAGAUUGAGGACAUUCUAGUGCUUCAUCUGCAGAGGGGCAAGGACUAUUUCAUCUCUGUAACUGGAAACUAUCUGCCCAGCUGCUAUGGCACAUCCAUAAGAUCACUAUGUCAAAUAAGAGAGCCCAUUCAAGACAUGCCUCAGGAUGUCCUCUAUAAUAUGUUGACUGUGCCAGAAAUGGAAAGUUGUGGCGAAAAAAUUCUUGACAUCCCCAAAGAGCUGUGGAUGAUGGUUGAUCAUUUGUUCCGCAAUGCAAUUAAACAGGAAGAUAUUUUCCAACAGCCUGGGCUUCGGAGUGAAUUUGCAGACAUUAGGGACUGCCUUGACACAGGCAUGCCAGAUUCUCUGCCAGGAAGUAACCACUCAGUAGCAGAGGCCUUGCUUCUCUUCUUGGAUGCCCUACCAGAGCCAGUUGUCCCCUAUUCGUUUUACCAGCAGUGCCUAGAAUGCUGCACCAAUGCCAAUCAGUGUGUGAAGGUUAUUUCCAUGCUACCUCAGUGCCAUCAGAAUGUGUUCAACUAUAUAGCUGCCUUUCUCCGAGAAUUGUUGAAGAAUUCAGCUCAAAAUCGAUUAGACGUCCAUAUAUUGAGUACUAUAUUUGCAUCUUUGAUCCUACGGUCACCAACAAAGCAAGAUCUUACAGAAAAGCGCAAAACCCAAGAGUUCUUCAAACACUUCUUGGUCCAUGGCUCGUCCCAAUAGAGAGGCUGUGCCCUCUUGAUGUACUGAAGAUGAACACUCAAGUCCAGUAUUUUAAAUAAAAUAAUGUUGUUUUCAUGUUUUUGAUAGCUCUUUAAAUAUAAAUGUAACUGUAACUUAUAAAAGAUAUUUGAACCUUACUUAUACAGAACUCAGAUUUAUUGUAAAUCAUUGAAAAUUAAAAUGUAGGAAAAGUAAAUAUUUUAUUGUAUGUUUAUUUAAACAGAUCAUUUGUAUUGUAAUGUUUCACAUUUCAGCAUCAUGUUUUAU